AUGGCGACAAACGGCCACACCGCCGUGACACCUCCACCUUCCGACCCAUCAGCCAACUCCGAGCCCAAAGCGCGACCAGAACCCGAAGUACCACUCACAUCCACCCAGGACGAUGGCCAGUCUAAGAGACCACGCGAUGCGCGCCUGAUACAUCUUGUGCUGUCGUCCCUCGGAAUCCACAGUUAUCAAGAGCGCGUACCCCUACAACUCCUGGACUUCGCAUACCGUUAUACCAGCGGCGUGCUGUCCGACAGUCUACGGCUGAGCGCAGAGGGCUAUGCCAGCCAAGCUGAUCGAGGGAACAAACGUAAUGCGGCAGGUGAUGACAGUAACGCUAUUACCGUGACUGCGCUGCGCCAGGCGAUUGCGAGUCGGCAAGGAUACACUUUCCAGGGACCGUUGCCGAAGGAGUUCAUGAUGGAGCAGGCGGCGGAGAGGAAUCGCGUGGCAUUACCGAGAGUGGAGAGGACUUUUGGCGUACAAUUACCACCGGAGAAGUACUGCUUGACGGGAGUCGGCUGGGGUCUACGGGAUGAGUGGGAGAGUGAGGAGGAUGUGCCGGCUGAGGACGCGCCGCGACCAGUGGAGAAUGGGACUGCGGAUGAGAAGAUGGGCGGGAUGGAUGGCGGAGAGGACGAGGAUGAGGACGAAGAAGGCGCGGGACGAAUGGAGGAUGUCUUUGGGACUGACACUGCUGGAGAUACUGCCAUGGCCCAGGACUGA